AUGGCUUCUUCUCCUUCUUCAAGUUCUUCCUGGACUUACGAUGUGUUCUUGAGUUUCAGAGGUCAAGACACUCGUCGCGGUUUUGCUUCUCAUCUUUAUAACGCUCUAAAACAGAGACGAAUCCAUGCUUUCGUGGACAAUCCAGGGACCGGGUUGGGAGGAAAUAUCUUGGAAACGUUAUUUCAAGCAAUUGAAGAAUCACGAAUUGCGUUAGUAAUUUUGUCCCCAGAUUAUGCUUUUUCCGCUUUCUGUCUGGAUGAACUGGUGAAGAUAAUGGAGUGUAAGAGAAGUCAAGCUCAGAUGGUCAUUCCCAUAUUCUAUCAGGUAGAUCCGUCUCAUGUUCGUCAUCAAAAGGGCACAUAUGGUGAGGCAAUACAACGACACGAGCAAAGGUUGGGAAAGGGCAGUGAUCGGGUCUUGCGAUGGAGCGAGGCACUCACGGCAGCCGCCAACCUUGCCGGCUUUAGCUUUUCAGAUUCGGAAUAUAGCUGGUAUGAAAGUGAGCUGGUUGAGAAAAUUGUUGAGAAAGUUUCAAGAGAAUUAGGCGUUGGAGAAUCACCGUUUGUCACAGAGCGUCCAAUGAGAAUGGAGUCAGAAGUUGAUAAAUGGUUCCAUUACGACGUGUUCUUGAGUUUCAAUGGCGAAGACACUCGUCGCAGUUUCACUUCUCAUCUUUAUAAUGCACUAAAACAGAGAGGAAUCCACGCUUUCAUGGACGAACCAGGGAUUGAAAGGGGAGAAGAUGUCUCUGGCUCAUUAGUGCAAGCAAUUGGAAGAUCACAAAUUGCGUUGGUAAUUUUGUCUCCACAUUAUGCUUCUUCCAAAUGGUGUCUGAAUGAACUGGUAAAGAUAAUGGAGUUUCAAAGAAGUCAAGCUCAGGUGGUUAUACCCAUAUUCUAUGAAGUAGACCCGUCUCAUGUUCGUCAUCAGAGAGGCACAUAUGGUGAAGCAAUUGAACGACAUGAAGAAAGGUUGGGAAGGGACAAUGAUGGGGUGAUGCGGUGGAGGAUGGCACUCGCAGCGGCUGCCAACAUUUCCGGCUUUAGUUCUUCAGCAUAUCGGCUUGACAGUGAGUUGAUUGAGACUAUUGUUGAGAAUGUUUCAGAAAAAGUAGACACGGGACAAUUGUCUGUUGCUAAGCAUCCUGUUGGCAUAGAGUCACGAGUUCAUGCAUUGACAAUUGAAUGGUCAGAAAAGAGAUCCUCAAAACCUCUUAUCAUAGGUCUCUGGGGGAUGGGAGGCAUUGGUAAAACAACUGUUGCCAAAGCCAUUUACAAUACAAUUGGUCGUAAGUUUGGAAAAGCAAGAAGUUUUCUUGCAAAUAUAAGAGAAAAUUCAGAACAUGCUAAUGGCCAAGUUAAUUUGCAAAAGCAACUCAUUUAUGAUAUCAUUAAAACAGAAGUUUUCAAGAUACCUAACAUUGAUAGAGGGAAAAAAAUAAUUCAAGAAAGAUUUCCCAACAUAAAAGCAUUUGUUGUAUUGGAUGAUGUGGAUAGCGUCAAUCAACUGAAUGCAUUUUGUGGGAGUCUUGACUGGUUUUGUGCUGGGAGUGUAAUAUUCAUAACAACUAGAGAUCUACAUUUACUUGAUGUCAUUAAUGCUGACCAUAAGUAUAGAAUGAGAGAAAUGAAUGGAAUGGAGCUUCUUGUGCUUUUCAGCUGGCAUGCCUUUAAUCAAGCAGAUCCCUAUGAAAACUUUGUAGAAUUAUCUGAAAAGGUAGUUGCUUACUGUGAUGGACUUCCACUGGCACUUGAAAUCCUUGGUUCUUGUUUGCGUGGGAGAACAAUUGAACAAUGGAAGGAUGUAUUGUCCAAACUACAGAGGAUUCCU